CAAACGAUUCGGUUCAAAAGUGAUUCAUUCAUGAAUCGGACGCCGCUAACGUCGCCAAUCAACACUAGAGUGUUGACAUUUCCUGCUUUGCAGUUUGCAGUGUUAACUGGCUUACCGAGCAUGGUGCAGUUGCAGCGGCCGUACAGCCUCGAUGUGUCCGCGUCGCUCCUGCGGACUGAAGGCUUCAUAGACGGGCGCUGGGUGUCCGCGGCCUCCUCCUUCCCCGUCUUUGAUCCAGCCACCGGAGAGGAGAUCGCCAAAGUCUCGGACUGCGGUACAAAAGAGGCUCAGGACGCUGUCAACGCCGCGCACAAAGCCUUUAACCUGUGGAAGAACCACACGGCCAAGGAAAGAAGUAUUUUGCUGAGAAAAUGGUUUGAUCUGAUCAUUCAGCACAGGGAAGAUCUUGCCAAGUUGAUCACAGCAGAAUGUGGGAAGCCCAUGAAGGAGUCUCUUGGUGAAAUGACGUACUCUGCCUCUUUUCUGGAGUGGUUUUCUGAAGAGGCCAGGCGUGUGUAUGGAGACAUCGUCGCGGCUCCAGCCAAAGACCGCAAGAUCCUGAUCCUCAAGCAGCCAGUUGGAGUGGCUUCCAUCAUUACACCUUGGAAUUUCCCAAGCGCCAUGAUAACCAGGAAGGUUGGGGCUGCACUUGCAGUGGGCUGUACUGUAGUGGUGAAGCCGGCUGAAGAUACGCCUCUCUCUGCACUGGCCCUCGCUGAGCUGUCGGUUCAGGCUGGCAUUCCUGCUGGGGUGUUUAACGUGGUGCCCUGUUCAAGAGAGAAGACGCCCGCUGUGGGAGAGCUGCUCUGCACAGACCCUCUAGUAGCCAAAAUCUCAUUCACCGGCUCCACAGCCACUGGCAAGGUUUUAUUAAGACAUGCUGCAGGAACUGUGAAAAGGGUCUCCAUGGAAUUGGGAGGACAUGCUCCCUUUAUUGUGUUUGACAGCGCUGAUGUAGAUAAAGCUGUUGCAGGAGCCAUGGGCUCAAAAUUCAGAAACUCAGGACAAACCUGUGUGUGCUCCAACCGCUUUUUGGUCCAGACUGGCAUUCAUGAUGCUUUCGUGGAGAAGCUGGCGAAGACUAUGGAUGCAGAGCUGAAGCUUGGCCACGGAUCCGAGCCCAGCACCACACAGGGGCCUCUUAUCAACUCACGCGCCGCAGAAAAGGUGGAGAAGCAGGUUGCAGACGCUGUGGAUCAUGGAGCGGUCGUAGUUCGAGGUGGAAAGAGACUGCAGGGCUCUUUCAUGGAGCCGACGCUGCUGUCCAACGUUACCUCUGACAUGCUCUGUAUGAGAGAGGAGACCUUUGGACCUCUUAUUCCAGUUGUUAAGUUCAACACAGAACAGGAGGCACUUGCCAUUGCCAAUGCUUCUCCUGUUGGUUUAGCAGGUUACUUUUACUCCAGGGACAUGGCUCAGAUCUGGCGGGUGGCAGAGCAGAUGGAGGUGGGGAUGGUCGGGGUCAACGAAGGCAUGAUCUCCACCACCGAAGCCCCUUUUGGAGGAAUCAAACAGUCCGGAUUGGGCAGAGAAGGAUCCAUAUAUGGCGUUGAUGAGUAUCUGGAAAUCAAGUACAUGUGUUUGGGGGGACUCUCUUGAAAACAAUGGCAGUUACAGAAAAACACUGUGUAUCAUUCCCACUUUUAGUCUUACUAUUCAGUAUAUGGAAAUGACGAUGAUGUACUUUAUGGCCCGUUUUCACUGAGAGGUACGGUACGAUACCUUUAUCAGGCUUAUGUUUCCACUGCCAAAAGGGUACCAAUCGUACCCUUAUGGUGGGCGUGGUGUACAACAAAGUUUUAGUCGACAUCAUUCUUGCUCGAGGAAAUGUUUAAAGUAAAGCUGUAAGGGUUGUUCACAUAUCAUAUAAGAAGCACUUCUCAAAUAGAUGCUUUAUACACAUAAAAUGUGUAAAUGUUCAUUACUAACCUUUCUAUGAAUAUGAUUUGAUUUAUAACUUCAGAUCAAUGAUUUUAGUGCAAAAUAGCUUACUCUAAAGUCUGUAAUUAUAUAAAAUAAAUAAAUAAAUGCAACAUAUAUGAACACAUACAGACCCUUACAGUCUCCAAUAUGUUUUCAAUUACCGAAAAACUACACACGGCAUGCAUUUAGUCUCGCAGACGUUAUUUUAAUCAGCUCAAGAAGUUUAUUUCAAAUUUAGAAGUGCACGCGAGCUCUAUUGAAAAAGUGAAACCGCUCGUGCUUUAAGACGGCCUCAAAAACUGAGCAUGGCAGGUUUUGUUCUUUUUGGCUUUGUGGCUGUUCAUCAAGAUGACGACAAGGUUUGUUUGAGCUCAGGUUGACCAUGGCUCAUUAUUAUAUGUACAUAUUAUUACAGUGUAAUGUCUACGAUGUGUAUUUAAAAAUGGCGCUUCCUUAGUUUUCAUUCCUCUGGCUUGUGUACGCACUAGUGACAUAUCUCUGUAAACUAAUAGCAAUCAGCUGCACAUUUUGCUCCACCUUUUGGUACCCUUUUGUUGUGCUAGGUACCCAUUGGUAGCCCCACACAGAAUCUGCACAGAAUUCCACAGAUUUUUAGCUCAUCAUUGA